GAAAUAUUAGGACCAAUUUUAUGGGCCGUUCCGAAGAAAAAGACUUCUCAUUCAAAGAAAAGAAUGCGUUCCGCAAAUAAAGGGUUGAAAGAUAAAACAAAUAUAGUUAAUUGUCCAGGCUGUGGUCAAAAGCAUUUGACACAUCAUUUAUGUUUCAAUUGUUAUAAA